AUGAUUAGAGAAAUACUGGAGAACGUCGAAAUAAAAGUAAAAAGCAAAAUGCAGCGGAGAAAGAUUGGCACGAGUUUUUCCAAAGAAGUGAAACCAAUUUCCGUGAAAGAAGAUAAAUCGAAAUAUUGCCUGAGAGAAUCUACCGCGAAGCGCACAAGUUUUGAGAAACUUUUGUUAAAACGAUGUAGUCACUUCACCUUGUAUACGCCGCAUGCCGUCAAUUGUAUUCUAAAUUUGAAAAUUCGAAAGUCAAUCAGCGAACACGAAUUAAAGGGACCGCUGGGUACAUUUUUACUUCAAAUUAUGAAACAAAAAACAGAAAAACUGAAGGAAUUUUUGGCAAAAGUGGAAGCUCACUAUCGGAAAAAUGAACAAAUGAAGUUUCAUCAUAAGCCGAAAGUGAAUGAUGGAACGUUCGAUGCUAGUACAAAUCAAAUGAUCGAAAUUAAAACGCAGCGAGAACAAGCUUGGAAUAACUAUAAAGAUUUAACAACGACCUCGGGAAAAUAUAUCUUUGAACAAGAGAAACCUAAAAAGAUAAGACAAAGAAUAUUAAGGGUUUCCCAAAAAUAUCCAAAUACAACUUCAACGUCAUUUCGAAAAGAAGAGUCAUUUUUCCAUUACUGCAAAAUUCUGCCCUUUCUUCAAACGGCUCGCAAAAUCGUGUUAAGGAAUCGAUUGCUAAAUGUACUUUUAAAAUUGCAAGGAUUAACACCCGAAUCAAUUAGCCAAUUUGAAGAACCAUUUAUAGGAAAUUAUUCGCUUACAUCGCAAACUUAA